AACUUGAUGCUUUUAUUUUGAUGAGACAGCUUCCUUUGUUUAUAUCAUUCAACGGCAGCUUACCAACAGAACGGACGACAAGUUGCAGCAGCUCUUACAGUGAAACUCAGGGUUUACUCCCAAAAAACCUGCUCAUCAGUAAAGCCAAAAUCCUUGAUUUGAGGGAGGGGGGGAGGGUCUGCUACAUUACCAGUUGAACUGUUUCCAACGGCCAUCAGCUAAGCCGAGCUGCAUUCAACUGUAAAGUUUGUUUUUAUUCAAACUUCAGCAGUUUUCUAGUUGUCCUGCUGAGGCAGUGACAUCAAUUUGUGACAUCACGCCAAAUGAUGUCACAAAGAGUGAAGAAACAGAAGCUGCAGGCUUGAAUUCUACAGCUCAUAAGCACUGCAAAAGUCGGAGAGCAAACAGAAGGAUCAUCUCCUAACAAGUAGAGAUUGAAAACUAAAGCUUUUCGAGGCAAAUCAUACCAAACCAAUAAAGGAAAACAUUUUUUGGAUUUGUAAAGACAAAAAGAAUCCACCAUGAGUCAAAGCAAUAAGGCUUCUUGUUCUGGUGCCGAGAAUGAAAGACUACAGCGCACUGUAGCCAAAGAGACGCAGAAGCUGCAGGGUAUCUUAAAAGAAGUUGGUCUGAUGUCUGUUGAGAGACAUACAAUGAUGAAGGCAAAUGAGGAUCUGAAGAAUCAAGUGAUCAACAUAGAAAAAGCUGCGCUGGAAAAAGACAAGCUGCUUACCGAGAGAGAAGAGGAACUAAAAAGACUGUUAAACAUAAACAAAACUUUAAAGGACAAUAACACCAUCCUGGAGCAGAUGAGCACUGCCCCGAAGAAGGAAAACAUGGCCUUGGAGAAGGAAAAGACCGCUCUGGAGAUGAAAUGCAUGGCCUUGGAGAAAGAAAAGAGCGCUCUGGAGAUGAAAAGCACUGCCCUGGAAGAGGAAAAGACUCAAUUGGAGAAUAAAAGCACGUCUUUGGAGCAGAAAAACACGGUGCUGGAGAAGGAAAAGACCGCUCUAGAGAAGAAAAGUACCGACCUUGAGCAGAAAAACACUGCCUUGGAGAAUAAAAGCACCUCCUUGGAGCAGAAAAAUACGGUCCUGGAGCAGAAAAACACAGUCCUGGACAUGAAAAGCACUAACCUGGAAAAGGAAAAGACUGCCUUGGAGAAUAAAAGCACCUCCUUGGAGCAGAAAAACACAGUCCUGGAGAAGGAAAAGACCGCUCUGAUGAAGAAAAGCACUUACUUGGAAAAGGAAAAGACUGCCUUGGAGAAUAAGAGCACCUCCUUGGAGCAGAAAAACAUGGUCCUGGAGCAGAAAAACACAGACCUGGAGAAGGAGAAGACCGCUCUAGAGAAGAAAAGCAACGACCUUGAGCAGAAAAACACUGCCUUGGAGAAUAAAAGCAUCGUCCUGGAGAAGGAAAAGUCCGUUCUGGUGAAGAAAAGCACUUACCUGGAAAAGGAAAAGACUGCCAUGGAGAAUAAAAGUACCUCCUUGGAGCAGGAAAACACGGUCCUGGAGAAAGAAAAGACCGCUCUGAUGAAGAAAAGCACUGACUUGGAAAAGGAAAAGACUGCCUUGGAGAAUAAAAGCACCUCCUUAGAGCAGAAGAACACGGUCCUGGAGAAAGAAAAGACCGCUUUGGAGAUGAAAAGUACUGCCCUGGAAAAGGAAAGGGCUGCCUUGGAGAAUAAAAGCACCUCCUUGGAGCAGAAAAACACGGACUUGGAGAAAGAAAAGACCGCUCUGAUGAAGAAAAGCACGGACCUGGAAAAGGAAAAGACUGCCUUGGAGAAUAACAGCACAUCUUUGGAGCAGAAAAACACAGUCCUGGAGAAGGAAAAGACCGCUCUNGAGAAGAAAAGCAGCGCCCUGGAGAAGGAAAAGACUGCCUUGGAGACUAAAAUCACCUCCUUGGAGCAGAAAAACACAGUCCUUGAGAAAGAAAAGACCACUCUGGAGAAGAAAAGCAACGACCUUAAGGAGAAAAACACUGCCUUGGAGAAUAAAAGCAUCGUCCUGGAGAAGGAAAAGACCGCUCUCGAGCAAAGAAUCACCUCCUUGGAGCAGGAAAGCACCACCAUGCAGCAGAAGAACACUGCCUUGGAUCGGAUAAACACCACCCUGGAGCAGGACAACACUGCUCUGAAGCUGAAAAGCGCUGCUCUCGAGCAGCAGAACACUGCCUUGGAGAUGAUUAACGCCGCCCUGGAGAAGGAAAACACUGCCCUAGAGCAGGAGAACACCGCCCAGAAAAUGAAAACCACAGCUCUGGAGCGGAAAAGCGUUGUCUUAGGUCAAAUAAAGACUGCCCUGGAGCAGAUAAACACCCCCCUGGAGGAGGAGAACACUGCCCUGGAGCAGAACAACACGACCCUGGAGCAAAACAACACCACCCUGCAGCUGGAGAACACCACCCUGCAGCAUCAGAACACUGCCCUGGAGCAGGAAAACACCGCCCUGAGGCGGAAAAGCACCAGCCUGGAGGAGAAGAGCACCGUCCUGGAGCAAAUAAACACUGCCUUGGAGCAGGAAAACAAUGUCUUGGAGAAUAUUAACACCGACCUGCAGCUUGAAGUAGAACAACUGAACAAAAGGCUCAGGGACAGAGGAGAGCUGCAGACCGAGCAGCCAUCUGAAGCAGAAACUCAUGAAGACAGCAGGCCGCAUGUAUUCAGACGUGUGGUCGGAGGCUUCUCCGAUACACUUCUGAAAAUGUACCAGACCGACAAUCUCAGGUACUGGGUUGAAAGAUGGUACUUCUAAAUAAAAGAAGUGUCAUGAGGA